AUGUCUUCUCCGUCCAGUCUCUCCAAGUACGGUCUCGAUCUUUCCGAAUCCGAAUCCGAAGAAGACAUGCCUCUGCCGGUCCGACCCGUCCAUCCCAAUGCUCCGUCGAAGAAUGCUCAAAUGAUGCGCGCAAUGUGGGAGGCCCACAAGUCCGAAAAGUCCGAUUCCGAUGAAUUCGAUUCCGAUGAAUCCGAUUCGGAGGAAUCCGAUUCGGAUGAAUCCGCUGAGGAGGAUAAGGAGAACCGGGAGCCGUCGCCAGUUUCACCACCGCCUCCAGCAAGUGCACAACUUCCGUCCGCUCCGAAGCUGCCUGAAACUCCGAGUGCUCCGCCGGCAAUUCCACGUCAGCCGUCUCCAGUCCCUCCGGCUCAACUGGUCCCUGCUGCUGCUCCGAAAACGACGAGGAAACCCCGUGCUCCAGUUCCCGCCAAGGCUCCAGCUACGAAGAAACCCCGUGCUCCAGUUCCCGCCAAGGCUCCAGCUACGAAGAAACCCCGUGCUCCAGUUCCCGCCAAGGCUCCAGCUACGAAGAAACCCCGUGCUCCAGUUCCCGCCAAGGCUCCAGCUACGAACAAACCCCGUGCUCCAGUUCCCGCCAAGGCUCCAGCUACGAACAAACCCCGUGCUCCAGUUCCCGCCAAGGCUCCAGCUACGAAGAAACCCCCGUGCUCCAGUUCCCGCCAAGGCUCCAGCUACGAAGAAACCCCGUGCUCCAGUUCCCGCCAAGGCUCCAGCUACGAACAAACCCCGUGCUCCAGUUCCCGCCAAGGCUCCAGCUACGAACAAACCCCGUGCUCCAGUUCCCGCCAAGGCUCCAGCUACGAAGAAACCCCGUGCUCCAGUUCCCGCCAAGGCUCCAGCUACGAACAAACCCCGUGCUCCAGUUCCCGCCAAGGCUCCAGCUACGAACAAACCCCGUGCUCCAGUUCCCGCCAAGGCUCCAGCUACGAACAAACCCCGUGCUCCAGUUCCCGCCAAGGCUCCAGCUACGAACAAACCCCGUGCUCCAGUUCCCGCCAAGGCUCCAGCUACGAACAAACCCCGUGCUCCAGUUCCCGCCAAGGCUCCAGCUACGAACAAACCCCGUGCUCCAGUUCCCGCCAAGGCUCCAGCUACGAACAAACCCCCGUGCUCCAGUUCCCGCCAAGGCUCCAGCUACGAACAAACCCCGUGCUCCAGUUCCCGCCAAGGCUCCAGCUACGAACAAACCCCGUGCUCCAGUUCCCGCCAAGGCUCCAGCUACGAACAAACCCCCGUGCUCCAGUUCCCGCCAAGGCUCCAGCUACGAACAAACCCCGUGCUCCAGUUCCCGCCAAGGCUCCAGCUACGAACAAACCCCGUGCUCCAGUUCCCGCCAAGGCUCCAGCUACGAACAAACCCCGUGCUCCAGUUCCCGCCAAGGCUCCAGCUACGAACAAACCCCCGUGCUCCAGUUCCCGCCAAGGCUCCAGCUACGAACAAACCCCGUGCUCCAGUUCCCGCCAAGGCUCCAGCUACGAACAAACCCCGUGCUCCAGUUCCCGCCAAGGCUCCAGCUACGAACAAACCCCGUGCUCCAGUUCCCGCCAAGGCUCCAGCUACGAAGAAACCCCGUGCUCCAGUUCCCGCCAAGGCUCCAGCUACGAAGAAACCCCGUGCUCCAGUUCCCGCCAAGGCUCCAGCUACGAACAAACCCCGUGCUCCAGUUCCCGCCAAGGCUCCAGCUACGAACAAACCCCGUGCUCCAGUUCCCGCCAAGGCUCCAGCUACGAACAAACCCCGUGCUCCAGUUCCCGCCAAGGCUCCAGCUACGAACAAACCCCGUGCUCCAGUUCCCGCCAAGGCUCCAGCUACGAACAAACCCCGUGCUCCAGUUCCCGCCAAGGCUCCAGCUACGAACAAACCCCGUGCUCCAGUUCCCGCCAAGGCUCCAGCUACGAAGAAACCCCGUGCUCCAGUUCCCGCCAAGGCUCCAGCUACGAAGAAACCCCGUGCUCCAGUUCCCGCCAAGGCUCCAGCUACGAACAAACCCCGUGCUCCAGUUCCCGCCAAGGCUCCAGCUACGAACAAACCCCGUGCUCCAGUUCCCGCCAAGGCUCCAGCUACGAAGAAACCCCGUGCUCCAGUUCCCGCCAAGGCUCCAGCUACGAAGAAACCCCGUGCUCCAGUUCCCGCCAAGGCUCCAGCUACGAACAAACCCCGUGCUCCAGUUCCCGCCAAGGCUCCAGCUACGAAGAAACCCCGUGCUCCAGUUCCCGCCAAGGCUCCAGCUACGAACAAACCCCGUGCUCCAGUUCCCGCCAAGGCUCCAGCUACGAACAAACCCCGUGCUCCAGUUCCCGCCAAGGCUCCAGCUACGAACAAACCCCGUGCUCCAGUUCCCGCCAAGGCUCCAGCUACGAACAAACCCCGUGCUCCAGUUCCCGCCAAGGCUCCAGCUACGAACAAACCCCGUGCUCCAGUUCCCGCCAAGGCUCCAGCUACGAACAAACCCCGUGCUCCAGUUCCCGCCAAGGCUCCAGCUACGAAGAAACCCCCGUGCUCCAGUUCCCGCCAAGGCUCCAGCUACGAAGAAACCCCGUGCUCCAGUUCCCGCCAAGGCUCCAGCUACGAACAAACCCCGUGCUCCAGUUCCCGCCAAGGCUCCAGCUACGAACAAACCCCGUGCUCCAGUUCCCGCCAAGGCUCCAGCUACGAAGAAACCCCUGUGCUCCAGUUCCCGCCAAGGCUCCAGCUACGAAGAAACCCCGUGCUCCAGUUCCCGCCAAGGCUCCAGCUACGAACAAACCCCUGUGCUCCAGUUCCCGCCAAGGCUCCAGCUACGAAGAAACCCCGUGCUCCAGUUCCCGCCAAGGCUCCAGCUACGAACAAACCCCGUGCUCCAGUUCCCGCCAAGGCUCCAGCUACGAACAAACCCCGUGCUCCAGUUCCCGCCAAGGCUCCAGCUACGAACAAACCCCGUGCUCCAGUUCCCGCCAAGGCUCCAGCUACGAACAAACCCCGUGCUCCAGUUCCCGCCAAGGCUCCAGCUACGAAGAAACCCCGUGCUCCAGUUCCCGCCAAGGCUCCAGCUACGAACAAACCCCGUGCUCCAGUUCCCGCCAAGGCUCCAGCUACGAACAAACCCCGUGCUCCAGUUCCCGCCAAGGCUCCAGCUACGAACAAACCCCGUGCUCCAGUUCCCGCCAAGGCUCCAGCUACGAACAAACCCCGUGCUCCAGUUCCCGCCAAGGCUCCAGCUACGAACAAACCCCGUGCUCCAGUUCCCGCCAAGGCUCCAGCUACGAACAAACCCCGUGCUCCAGUUCCCGCCAAGGCUCCAGCUACGAACAAACCUCGUCGCAAGAACCAACGGGACCAGCCGGUGAGCCAGCCGGCACCGUUCGCCUUCGACCCGAGAAUGGCGGCGGUGGCAAUCAAUCGGAAUGUGCACAGACGUCCGGAAGCCACCCUCAAACGGCCCGCCGCCGAGGCAAUCGCCGCACUCGCAAAACGACACAAACUAUAA